AUGGACCCCCAAAUCGAAGAAUUGUUAGGCUUAGAAGCCGUCCGCGCCAGAGCUCAUGCCGUACUUAAGCUAGCUGAGCAAGGCCGUCUUAACCACUUUAAUUAUCAUGCCGAGCGAAUGGAAGAUGCCACCGAUUAUGUUCUGAAAUUGAUCCAGCGCGACUUUGGCCCCGACAAAUACCACCUCAUUCCGCCCCAUGGACGUUGGCAGCAUUUUGAAGUCGGCGGGGUUCCCCGCAUAGCCAACCUUCUCGCCGAAUGGGAUCAACAGAAAUGUGACACCACCGAAAAGACACGCCGACUCGUGGAUCUUUUCUUUGUCUCUGUUCUUCUCGAUGCCGGUGCUGGAGACUUCUGGCGCUUCCAAGAGCCAGGAACUGGUCAUACUCUUAAUCGGAGUGAGGGUAUCGCGGUGGCAGCGCUACACAUGUUCCUGAAUGGUGACUUCGCUGGCCCAAAUUCGGCGAUGAAGCAUACCGCUAAUGGCGAGGCACUGCGCAAUAUCAACGUUGAUAUCCUAUCUCGUGGGCUCCAAGUCAAUACUGAAAGCAACCCCAUGAUCGGAGUGGGUGCACGUGCAGAUAUUCUCCGCAAGCUCGGCGAAUCCUUGGUAAACUUGAAAGAUAUCUUCGGCCCUACUGGCCGCCCAGGAAAUCUUGUUGACUACCUCGGCGCCAAAUCCACUGAGAGUGGAAAGCUUGACUAUAAGGAUCUUUGGAAAGUUCUCCAAACCCUCCUGCUGCCCAUUUGGCCAUCUGACCGGACUCACCUGAAAGGACAACCCAUCGGCGAUGCAUGGCCCCUCCGAGCCCUUGAACAACAGCCCGGGAAUGAGUCAAACCCUUAUUCCAACAUACAGCCCUUCCACAAACUCACUCAGUGGCUGGCAUACUCAUUGCAAGUACCGUUCUCUCGCCUCUUGUCGGUCUCAUGGACCAACACCCACCUGGGAACUGGUCUACCGGAAUACCGUAAUGGAGGAAUGCUCGUUGACUUGGGGGUUCUUGAAUUAAAGCCCGAGGCUCUACAGAGAGGUCUAACUCUCUCUGGUGGUAGCUUGCCUUCGUAUGGCGCAGGAGACGAUGAAAUUGUGGAGUGGCGAGCGAUGACAGUUGCCCUUUUGGACGUACUACAUGAGAAGAUUCUUGCGCGCUUGGAUGGCGUCCAGUUGUCUCUUCCGCAGGUGCUAGAGGCUGGUUCGUGGAAGGCGGGCCGCGAGCUUGCUGCAGCUAAUCGACCGGAUACAAAGUGUAGCCCUAUCUUGAACUUUGGUGAUGGGACCUUGUUCUAG